AUGGUUGAAAGCCAGAUCAUUCCAGGCGUUGACUUCAGAUCCACCAAAGAGCCACAGGUUGUCCGGAUAAUUGUGAAGGCGCCCUGGCAGAAGGAAGAGUUUCUAGUCCACAAGGACAUGCUGGUGAGGGAAUUCAAGGAGCACGUAGCCCGGCACUUGUCCUCUCCUCCUUCCCAAAUUGUGCUGGUCUACACUGGAAGGAUCUUAAAAGACCACAAGUCCCUAGCCCAGCAUGGGAUCCAUCUGGACAGCAACGCUGCUGUUUAUGUCGUUGUCCGGUCCCAACAAGCAGGUCCACCCCGGCGGGUGCCCACUCUUCCAGCUGACUUGGGCCCAGACCCCAAAGCCCCCAGGAGCGGCAUUUUUGCGAGUGACGGUUUGCGGGAUCUGGCGGCCAGUCUGGGCCUGAACACCGCCAAUUUCAUGGAAUUCCAGCUCCAGCUGAUAUCCAAUCCUGACCUGAUGCUGCAGUUUUUGGAGAGCCCCUUCAUCCAGAGCAAAGUCUCCAGUCCUGAUCUGAUGAAGGAGCUGGCCACCAAGAGCCUCCAGGUGCGGCGAGUGAUAGAGAGGGCUCCUGAGAUCAUCCAGGUCUUCAGCUCUGCUGAAGGCAGGAGGUUGGUGUCGGAGCUGGUCAAGAACCCGGCUGCUCUGAGGGAAAUCAUCAAGUCCCCACCCCAGGCUCACCCUUGUCCCGGGAGCGUCCCCAGUGGAGACAGCAACACGGCCUUGCAGGACGUGCUGAUGGAGCUGCAGGGCCUGGUGCGGAAGGCCCUCCUCAAAAGAUCUGCCCCCACCGUCUUGCCAGGAGCCCUCGGGGGCCACCAGCCCUCCUUUGAGCAGGGCGGGAAGUCUGGGCGGGCCAGGCAGCAGCUGCCUUCCCCCAAACUCUGGCCCCCGAGGUCCGGUGGCCAGAACGUUGGCACGGCUGUCGGCCAUGACCACAGCAAAGGGGAAAGUGGCAACGUGCGAGGGGAAACAGGCCAGCUGGCCUCAGCAGCGGUGAAGAACCUGCUCCAUCAGAUCAUCAAGCACCUCGUGCAGAGCAUGGCCAGCAGCCCCUCCAGGAACCCCACCGGUCAGGGUCUCGGCUCAGAGGGGGCGGGCAAGGCUGCCCAGAAGUACGUGGCUGGAUCCAGAAACUCCCGGGAGCAGAUCCCCACGCUCUUGCAGCAGAUCCAAAACACAGAUGUCCUUCUGGCAAGCUGGAGCCCGAAAGAGAUCCAGGCACUGCUGGAAAUUCAGCAGAGGUUGCAGGCCCUGGCGACCGACGAGCCGGCGCUGGAGAGGCGCCGCCGAUCAGAACGCCCCGCCCGGAGGUCGUCUUCCAUCACGUCCCUCUGCGACAUGGUCCCCCCUUCUGGGGCAGGGGAGGAGGAGGAGGAGGGCUUCUCUGCCCCUGAGAUCUGGCAGAGUUUGGCAGCCGAUGACUUCUUCUGCAGCCCCCCCCUCCGUGUCCGCCUGCGGGGCUGCUCGGGGCAAGCCUCUUCGAAGCAGCAGACAUACAAGCUCUGA